AAAAGUAUGUAUUUUCUACUCAAAAAGCAGGAUCUAAAUCUUUUCUUUUUGAGAUAAAACAAUUUAACUACUUCCCAUAUAUCAUGUGGUUUGGACACUCUGUAUUAUCCUUCUUUUUCCCAAGAAUCUAGGACCAGGAUCAAAACAGACAUGGAAGGUCUUGCUAACCAACAAGACAACAUGGAAAUCAUGGAUUCUUCUCUAUAUUACAAGGCAGCAAGAGGGGAGAUUGAUGCUUUCAAGCAACAUCCAAAGCCACUCAACCAAUUGGUGACACCAAUUGAUAAGAACACAAUCCUCCACAUCCACAUAACAUCAAGAUGCAGAUUUCCCUCGUAUCCAUCUUACUAUUACCGUCUUGUUAAAAGGGAAGUUCUUAGCUUCGAUCACUCGGAAACAAGCUCAGUCAACUUCGUGAAAGAUGUUCUUCGAAUCUGCCCGGAUCUUUUAAAUCAGCCCAAUGCCAAAGAUGAAACCCUUUUGCACAUGGCAGCUAGGCAUGGGCAUGAAGAUAUAGUGAAAAUUAUUGCUGAAGAAAAUGAAAGAAUUCUCCAGGAAGAUCAAGAAGCUGCCAGGCUGAUGCUGAGGAUGGUGAACAAAGUGAAAGACACUGCCUUGCAUGAAGCUGUCCGGUAUGGUCAUCUUGACGUGGUGAAGGAAUUGGUAAAAAGGGAUGGUGAAUUUUCAUAUGGGGCCAAUGAUUGUGGUGAGACUCCACUUUACUUGGCUGCUGAAAAAGGAUUUUCCAUGGCUGUGGACCAGAUAUUGGAAGCAUGCAAAUCACCAGCUUUUCAAGGCCCUGGUGAGAGAACAGCCCUCCAUGCAGCAGUUCUUUGCAAAGAUGAAGAAAUGACAAGGAAAAUAGUAGGCAAAAUGAGAUUUCUGGCCACAAAAGCUGAUAAACAAGGAUGGGUUCCACUUCAUUAUGCAGCACAAUCUGGUUGUCUUGCCAUUGUGAAAAUAUUGUUAGAAGCUGAUACAUCUGCAGCCUACAUUGCCAACAAAACUGAGGAGAAGACCCCCCUUCAUCUUGCAGCUCAAAAUGGCCAAACAUACACCAUGGGGGAACUUAUAUCUCGUUGCCCAGGUUGUUGGGAGCAGGUUGAUGCCAAAGGAAGGAAUGUUCUUCACUAUGCAGUUGCGAGUGACAACAAAUUUGCAGUCUACACAAUCUUAGAUGAUACAUCCUUGAGCAAUCUUAUAAAUGAGAAGGAUAGAGAUGGGAACACACCUCUCCACCAGCAUGUCACUUCCUACAACUACUUGAAAUAUUUCAUUGGUCACCCCAAAGUUGAUAGGCAUGCAUUUAACAACAGAAAUCUUAAUCCUCUUGAUGUUAUUUUAUCCCAAGAUGGCCUUUGGGGAAAUCAGAAAAAAUCCAAAAAAGCAUUGGAAACUAUGGGGACUAAAUCUGGUCAGCGGAUCGUGGACAGAGAAGAGAGCAGGGGAGAAAACAGCAGCCAAGCUGAAAACGAGAUGAUAGCUGUUAUCAAAGAAGCAAGAGAGGCUCAUUUGGUGGUAGCCACUCUCAUUGCAACAGUCACCUUUGCAGCUGGUUUCACCUUGCCUGGUGGCUAUAAAAGUGAUGAAAAUGACCCUGAACAAGGCCAUGCAAUCCUAACAAAAGAUUUGGCAUUCAAAGUCUUUGUUAUUUCAGAUGCCAUUGCGUUAAUGCUUUCUAGCUCUGCUGUGUUCUUCCACAUGUUUAUGGCACACGAAACCGACAAGACGAUGCUUAUUUCACUGUUUAAACUUGCCUUGAAUCUAACCAUCAAUGCCAUGGCUGCAAUGGUGGUUGCAUUCAUAACAGGCACAUAUGCUGUGUUGUCUCAUUGCUUAGGGCUUGCCAUUGCAGCCACUGCCCUAUGUUGCCCUUUCUUUUUUAUUUAUAUAUAUUACCUUACGGGUAGACUUUUAGAUAAGUUAGAUUUGGCAUCCAUGUAAUUAGAACACCAAAUUAAUUUAGUUAUUAUUGCGUUGCGUAUCUGUUCGUGUCGUUGAAGUAGUCACUGUUGGUAGCAGAAAAACAGAGUAUUUAUAAUGAAGUCUUCCUCUUUGCACUUCUCUUUA